CUAGUAAAUUUGCAGAGUGUCUUUGAACUUGAAUUAGUGACAGAAUUUGGUAAUAAUCGCAUUGAUAACAUAUCCAAUUAAUGUUUAUGUUACCUGAAUUAUUUCAAGUCUAUUAAUUUUGUCAUUGCUCUUUCCAUUCCCUGGUGACUUCGCAAUUACGGAAUCUGCUAAAAAGCCUAUGGAACAAUAAAUUCAAUGGAAUAUUCUGGAAAAUGAUGCUGAAAAUUAUGAACCGUGUCCGCAUUUAGCCAGCGCAUGUAAAUUCUUUGUCAUUAGUAUUAUAUUCCACGUUCUUUCACGAACGAGCACGUCCUCGAGGUGAUCUUGACCUCCUUGUCCCUCGGAAGAGCGCUCCCUAGGUCGUUCAUGCAUCACCCAGGACCGAUGACCUCCAAAAAAUAACGAAAAUGUUUAUUUUGGAUAUGUAAACUCAGCACUUUGCCAAAACAUGAUAAACAUCCCGCGGCAGUGAGUCUCUAUGGAAAUAUUCACGAUGAGUGCAAUGCCCUGCUAUCAUUAUCACCUCCGAAAGCGUCUCAACUCGUAAAGUAAUUCCGACAAAGCGACUUGAGUUUGCAUUUAACGUUGAAAAAUCCACAUUAAAAUAUCUGGAAUCGAAGUUUGGCAGACGUCCAUCGGCCAUUGCGUCACCCACCAGAUACUGCCCUCGAAUAUCUCACUCGAAAUAUCCCCUGAAGUGUUCAUGACGUAUCCAACAUCCGCUCGUUUCUGCAUCGUAUUCAUUGUACAUUUUCCAGGAAGAAAUUCCCACCUAAUAAAAAACCCGAAUAAAAUCACAAAAAAACCGAGAGAAUGAGCUGACACACCGAUACCUCAUCUCUAAAACCCGUUAUUCGGUGUCUCGAUUUUCUAACAAAGGAGGUACCAGGUUCACAAGACAUUGGUCGAGGCGUUAAAUGGCCCGAAGUGUGGGCAACCGGUUUAGCCAACAGUUGGUAGGAGCAAGGACGUAUCACUUCGUCCAAAUUCAUGCUGAGGGUUCGAGGAACAAUCAACCGGUUUUGAUUUAUCAAUAUUUUUUUAUUAUUCUCGAGUCCAAUUAUGCAAUUGUGAGCAUUUCAUCCUGGUGACUCGCCUCCUGGUAACGAGACACAGGAAAUUUUUGAAAAUUAAUUCUUUGGAGAACAGUUAUUGAUGAUUGAAGAGCAGACGACAAGAGCGACAAAUUUCGCUGCCCCAAUAAUAGGAAUGACAGUUCGUUCUAACAUUUUUCAUUGAAAAAAUAAAAAUACUCAGCACAAACUCAUCAACCAGCAAUAUCACUCGUUGUUUAACCAACAGAUACGCUGAAUGUUAAUCCCCAUGUCAUCAUUCGAGGAAGGAGGAGUCAUUUGGCAAGACAAACCCGUUAUUUUAAAUUCCUCCCACUCCAAAUUCAUCGCCACGUGCGAUUAAUUUCUCGUGCACGCGUGUAUCUAAACAUCUAUGACCCAGUGCAAUAGUCGUACACGCGAAGUUUAUAUUUAUUCACCGGUUAUAAGUUAAUUCCCCAGUGUCUUCGGAAUUGCACAAUUUAUGGCAUUCUACCGGGUUACGUUCAACAUGUUGUGGCAUGGUUAAUGCAUAAACCUAACGUUUAACUAUGGAUUAAGCAGACACAAUGUCUCCACUAAUAACUUUUGGCAUCACAAAGCGAUGUGAUUCAUCAUUAGCCCGCGUUCUAAAUGUCUUGAGUUAUUCAUCGCAAGGGAGAUUGAAUUUAAUGUGCGGAUGUGCGAACUAUUCACCAGGGAAUUUCUCCCCACUAUCGGCGAUAUUUCAUACAUACUUCAUUCUACAUAUUAAAGUGUUCAUUGAGGAUGAAGUCGUUGGAACGUGAGCAUUACACGUUUCACGAGGUAUAUCCUUCAUGGAUGGUGCACUCCAUUGAAUCGAAUCACCUCUUAAAAAUCUUCUUCCAGCUUUUCUCCCCAGGAAAGGGACGACUUUUAGAUCAUCAACGAGAAGUACGGGGCGGAAAAAUUCUGUGAUCAUUUCAUAAUAUUUAAUAAUAAUAAUGUAAUGAUAUAUGUCUGUGAUUCAGAUCCAUAUUCUCUCACUAAAAGGUUACAAUAAUAAAAAUUUGUGAAAAGUUAGAACGACAAAGUAGGAAAGCCUUCAUCAAUCAUUUCGUAUCUAAACCGCUCCAUAAACGUUUAUCCAGCUGUAAAUGAAAUGAGUGAUAAUAGCCACCAAUAUCAUCUCAGAGGUUUCUUCAAUUGAUACUAGGAAAACAAGGCCGAAUGGCAUAAUUGCUGUAGACUCACUCAAAUGAAAUUGGGAGUCAUGCUGACUUCAAUUAUUCACUCUCCAUGUCCUCCGUCUCUCUAAUUACGGGGGAUCACGUGGGGUGAUUAAUGUUUUUCCCGUCCAAAAAGGCCUAAUGACAGUCUGAUAACAGCAAUUACAUGUGCUUUUGAAAACGAAAAAGAAAUCGAAAUAUCUUUUCCAUUUCAAAGGAAUUUGUCGCCAGCAUAUGUCGCUACGCGGGGGCCUUCAGCCCAUUUUACAUAUUUUUACGUGGCUAUCCCCCUCUUUUCUCGAUACUCUCGAAAAUUCUUGAAAAUACACCCCAGGGGACACGCAACAGUGGAAAUUUCCUCUGGCUCACAGACAUAUCCGUCUCCGUCAGACCUCCCUUUCUUCUCCAAUUCCCUGGGACAUAGAAUGGGCGAUGCUGCCUCAUUGAUGCUUAGAUUACUAAUUAUUUUAUUUAUUUACCCUUUGAAACGUUCGCAGAAAGCGAAUAAUUGGGUAGUUUACUGCUGAGUUAAAAUUGCAACGAACCACGAAAUGGGCUGAAGCAAAAGGAGAAAUACAACUAAGACCCUACUCUGGAAUUACUCCUUGUUCGUAAAUUCGUUCUUUGUGUUGUGUGAGGAAUGAUUCUAUUUCUCACUAAUGAAGUCUUUGUUUAUCCCAAGAACACCGAUUCGUACUUCAAAAACUAUUAUCUUUAUUGAUUUUAUUAGAACAACAAUUUCAGUAAAGUACAAAUAAAAAAUUAUAACUUUUUUUAGAGUACAAACACUUUGAAAAAACAAUUCUCAGGGUGUGGUUUCCACAACGUAUUAUUAGACGCAACAUAAGUUCUUUGUUCACUUCUGAAGCUGUGGAGAAAUACCUCACGUGUUCAUAAAAAACAAGGAAACUGUUGCUCUUAUUUUUCUUGUUUUCUACGAUGACUGAUUCCUCGCAGUCUUUAAAAUUCUUGAACAAUAUUCCAAAAGCUCGGGACCUUGUAAAUUAAAUGAAUCAUAAGCACAGAGAACGUUUGAAAGAAAGACCCAUUCAUUAUUUACUGGCGUGAUAAGUACACGAUAAUAAUUUGCUAAUUCCAUUUACUAUCCAUUGAAGCGCUUUCAUUACCUGUGGAGUCGUAAGGUGACCAAGUGCAGACCUACAAGUGCUACUGAUGUGGGAUAUAAAUAAUGGCUUAUUAGAAGACGAGAGAGGAAGAACAGAACAAAGACUACGGCAAUGGCUUGGUGAUAGUGACGUCAUGACAAUGACGAAUCGUCUCCAUGCUGUCUCGUAGGUCAGACGUUCACCUUCGGUCAUAACAGUUCCGGUGAUCGAUAUUCAGGGAAUAUUUAUGGAUGACCGCGCCUUUUUUUUUAUUGAUACGACUCGAUCGGGAAUAUAUUGGGAUCGCAUUGUUUGUGGAACGUUUGAAGAGGAAAUUUAUAGACAAUGAGAAUUGUUCGACCAGUUAAUUACAUCUGAAUAUUCUUCUGGUAGUUAAUAUUAAUAAUGUAACGAGAGAUAAUGUUCUAAAUAAUGUCGGGGACCGAUUGCUCUGAAGUUCUUUCACUUCGAAACCUUCACUUAUUAAUCUGACAGUUGUAGUAAUUCCUUAUUUCGAUCGCUGAACUCAAAAUUUCUAGUAUUCCAAAUCAAUCUAUAAAUCGAGGGUAAUGAAAGUUUUCUUGUCCCUCUUCGUACUCCUCCUCAUAGCAUUUCUCGGGGUCGUCUACCUAUUCCAUCAAAAUCAGAACGCAAAUCCUGAUACCCUGAAACACACAUCGACUCAAGAUGGGUACUAUUGCCCUAUGAUCCCUGCUCCGAAGUAUCCACCAAGUUCAACUAUAAACUUUGAGGUUCAAGAGUAUUGCAAGGUGCUCGAGGAGAACGGGUUCACAUGGGAUUCGUCGCAGGAAACCUUGAAAAGUUCCAAAGUUCUCAGAUCUAAUGAAGUAUGCGCUCAUCUGGCGCAACGGUACUGCAGCCGCAAUAACCCAAAUGGCAGACAUAAACCUAGAAUCUCCCUCAAGUCAUCUGCGAGAAGAGACUCUUCUCGCGACACCUCACCCUCAACAAGAACUGACAAGACUCCCGAGCCCAGUUGCAAAAUCUUCAUAAAAGCAUCCUCCCUUCAUCAAGGUUGAGUAUUACCAACUCAAGCUCACACUACCAUCCACAACCCUCGUCCAACCUCUCCCAAUUCCUCACCGAAAGACGCCAUCACCAGGUAACCAACCCCAUUUCCAGAAAUUGGAAAAUCUGAGAUGCGAAAUGCAGCGACGAUGCAGGUCCUGUGGGCCCCGACGGAAGGACAGGUCGCCGUCUUCCUCGGAUGGCUCGAGAGACCCGGAGAUCCCUCCAGUGUCUAGACUUGCGAGAUGCCGAGGAGCAUCUGUGAAAGUCGCUAAGUUGUGUACGAGGAAAACCAGUGAAGUUUACCAGAGGUUCAUCCUCCGAACGUACAAGAAUAACAAGCAGCUGUUAGACGAUGUUGGAUUGGGAACCCUGGCAGUCAUUGUCCUUUGGAUUUUGUACAGGGAAUUUUGCCUGUGCUUCACGGGUCUCCUUUGGAACGCAAUGGCCAAGGGCAUUGGUAUAUUUGGGUGCACUGUCCUAUUGAUCAUCCUCAUUAGUAACCGGGAACGGCCUGAAGAUGUCCAGACCUCGAGAGUUCCAGAUGCGGCUGACCAAGGAAAUGAAGGGACAAUGGGAAAUAGGAGUCGUGCGGAAAGUGGUAAUCAGGAGUCUCGUAGUCGUGCAGAAAAUAGGAAUGAGCAGGAUGAUAGUGGGGCAGCUGCUAGGCGAGACCGCAGACGAAGGGAGAGGAGGCGUCGAGAUUGAAAGGUUGAAGGAAUUGAUCAGUUCGAUAGGAAAAAAUUGAAU